CUUCGACAUACGACGCGGCUCAAACGAGAUAGAAACGCCGCGGCGCCCCGCCAAGCGUCGUAGCGAGGUCGUCGCGCUGCAGACAACGCGGAGAAAAAAUAGUGCGCGGUCUGAGACGCUGCAGCCGAAGUUUAAGCUGCGGCAGAGCAGGCGAGGCAUUCGUGGCACCUCCUCUCCCAAAAACCACAGAACGCGCCGCAAAACGCUGCGCAGCGGACGCCCACAGCCCAGCAAUCAAGACCACAGCUGCGCGCCGCGCCACGUUCGAAAACAAGCGAGACACGCGCCUCACAACAAGCGUUCGAAGCAAAAAAACCAUGAAGCGCCCCGCCGCCGCCGCCGCCGUCGCGCCCAAGAAGCCGAAGAAGGACUACCCCACCGUCGGUACUAUUAUAGAGGCGAAGUGGUCGACGGAGUUCGGCCCCGGCAAGGAGUGGUACCGCGGGAAGAUCGCCAAGGUCCACGCCGGCAAAACGUCCAGUAGAGAUCCUAGUUUCGACGUGGCUUAUGAUGAUGGCGAGCUCGAAGAGAAAGUACGGUGGGAGAACAUAAGAGUUGUGGACCCGUCGACGCCCGCGCCGGUUUAUGACUACGACGAGCCCGAGAUCGUGGCUUCGAAGACAUCCCUCGAGCCCACGCGGCCGCGGUCGAAGCGCGAAAUAAGAGCGCCGCAGAAGGGCCCCCUCGCCUCGGCCGCCCUCAGUCCUCCGCCUCAACCGAAGCCGCGACCUAGACAGCCCAAACAGAGGGCACCGCUGACCGUGAGACUCCCAAAACCGCCGCCGCCGAAGCCUCCCGUGCCCCAGAAGGAGUCCGCAAGGAUGGUGCGGCAGUUGGUCAGGACCGAUCGGGAAAAAUUAGAUCUGGAAACGGUCAGAGAUGCCUUGAGGACGGACCCGAUCAAGGACCAGGCGGAUCAUGGGAGGGUGGGUGGCAUGCUCGCUGGAAGAAUAGGCGAGAACAAGUACGUCGUCGAGUACGCGACCGAUUGCCGAGCGAAGUGCAAGCUCUUCUCCUGUAAAAGGUCGCUGUUCCUCGGCGAGCUGCGCAUCGGCAAGGUGCCGCCCAGAGUGAACCCGUUGCAGAACAAAAGGGUGCACUGGUACCAUCCCUCUUGUGUCUUCCAGUCGUUCCGGAGGGCGUCCAAAAAGACGAAACUCAUAGACCACCCCGAGAAGGAUUUGGAAGGAUGGCACGCGCUGCAGCCCAACGACCGGGCGUUCAUCGAUUUAUGUUUGCGGCGGUCGCGAGAAGCCCCCGGGGAUUGGGCGCUCGACGAGGACACGUCUUCCAGUAAUGCGCCGCCGGAGCCCGUCGACGGCGCCGCGGUCGAUUUGUUACUGUCGUUACAGGCGCCGGGCGCGGCGGCGGCGGCGGCGCCGGCGGCGCCGCGACCG